UUUUUUGUUUGUUUGUUUUUUAAGAGUUUGACUGAGAGAGGGAGAGAUUAAGGAUGAUAGAUAAAGGAUAUUUGAUAUUUGAGGGGAUUGUAGGGUCAAUUUAAUUUUUAUUUUUAAUGAUAGAUAAGGUUUGGGGGGUGUUUGAUGUGCUACUUUUAGGAUUAUUCUCCUAAUUUACACUGGUGUUGAGUGGCCUGGAUCCCUAGGGAGUGACUACUUCUUCCCUCAGGUUUCUAGGGGUAACCCUAAGGUGAGCUCUCUAGUAUUGUUGUUCAUGAGCCACUAUCCAGUGAUGUUUCCCACAUUGCUAUAAAUAAUAAUCAGCCAAGCUUAAUUAGUUUUCUGAUUUAAAAUUUUUUUUUUACUAAUCACAUGAAAUAACAUAUUUCUGCAUAAGUUUUCUGAAAUUAUAUGAUCCAAAUUGUCUUACUUCUUCCUUCCCUCCCACCUCCUGGAGCCAGCAAGCGAUUUGAUCUGGCUUAUACAUGCAAAACAUAAUUCCAUAGUAUUUGUUUUGUAAGUGAAUAAUCAUAUAAAACCAAAACUCCAAAACAUCCAAUUAGUUUUUUGAAAGGUUAUUGACUAAGUAGCUAAAGCUAUAUACAUCCUAAGAUUCAUAUUCUGCCUUUGCACACCCAAGAUCCUUGGCAAGAGUAGACUCAAACUUAGAUAGCAUAAGUAGGUAAGCACAGGGCAGGUAAGUGGAGUAGUAGAUAUGGUGCUAAGCAUAGAGUCAGGAAGAUUCAUCUUCUUGAGUUCAAAUCUACCCUGAUACACUUACUAGCUAUGUGUCCCUGGGCAAGUCACUUAACCCUCUUGACCGCAGUUUCCUCAUCUGUACAAUGAACUCUGAGAAGGAAAUGGCAAACCACUCCAGUAUCUUUGCCAAGAAAACUCCAAAUGGGCCUAAGAAGAGUUGGACAUGAAUAGAAAAUAAUGAGGGAAGUCAGGAGGCAGAUAUGAGACUAAUUCCAGGCAUGGAGGAUAGCCAAUGAAAAUGCCCUGAGUUGGAUGAUGGAGGCCCUGUUCAAAGAACAGCCAGGAGACAUGUGUCACUGGAUUGCAGAGUAUUACAGAUGCAUAAUAUGUAGCUAGCCUGGAAAGGGAGGUUAAGGUGAGAUUCUGAAUGGUCUUCAAUGCCAUGCAUAGAAGUUGACGCUUCCUCCUAAAGGUAAAAAAUUGCCACAGAAGUUAAGAAAUGAGGAGAAACAUAGAUAGACCUGCCAUUUGAAACAUCUCUGGCAGUUGUGACUGUCAAUCUGUUUCUGUUUUUAUAUCACCAAUAUUUCACCCUGUAUCCCUCCCUGGGCCUCUGUUAGAGUCAUCUCUUAUGAAAAAGAAUUUCAAAAAAGAGGAAGAAAGACCAAAGGAUAGUUCCUCAAAAUCAACUGUGUCAGAAAAGCUUUCCCUUAGCUGUAGAAUCAUUGGCCCAUGGGCAGUAGCCAUUGAGGAAGAUGAUGGUUUGGCGGUCAAUGGAGAGCCAGAGCCUUGGUGUUGAGUCCUGGCUCCAAGCUCCUUCCUGGCUAUAGGACCCUGGGCAAAGCCAUACCUUUUACUGAGCCCUAUUUGGUGUGUGUGUGUGUGUGUGUGUGUGUGAACUGGGGAUAUCAUGAGAUGGAUGAACUCCCCGCCUCAGGAGGCUGUUCAGAGGAAAGUGCUUCUAUCCAAAGGUCUUAAUGAGUGGGAGCCCCCACUGUUUGUUGUAAACAAACAUAAAGUUUUUAAAGAAUUUUCCUCAAAAUAGCUCUGGUCUGGGGCUAGGCAGGGACCAUCACUCCCUCACUCCCAUCUUAGAAAGUAGGAAACAAGUCUGAUGAAGGGGAAGGACUUGGCCUCAGGUUACAUGAGUCACAGAUCUCCAGGAACACCAGAGACUUAAAGACCUGUAGGAUCUAAGAGCUCAGACCUUCAGGAGCUAGGAGGGUAAGUCUUUCAGUCAUUCAGUCAUAACCCUCUCUCAUAACCAUAGCUAUUCACGAGGUUUUCCUGGCAAGGAUACUGGAGUAGUUUGCCAUUUCCUUUUCCAGUGGUUCUAGUUGAUCCUUUUGUCAGAGAGGCAAUUAGAGAUUAAGUGACUUGUCUAGGGCCACACAGCCAGGAAGUAUCUAAGGCCAAGUUCAAACUCAGGUCUUCCUGACUGCAGGCUUAGUGCUCUUAACCACUAAGGCACAGCUACCUCCAUCAGAGGGUCAGAGCCAGCACUAGAUGGCCCUCCUCAUAACUGGAUUUGGCAUAGUCAUCAAUUAACCUCCCUAGGUCAAAUCCAUGUGAUGGAGUUUUAUUUUAUGAGUAUCCCGAAGGCCUAAGGUAGAGGCAUCCACAUGUAAAAAGGGUUAGGAUGGGCUUCAGGGGGAUGGGAGCACUUUUUCCAUUUAUUUCUAUCCAGUAAAUUCCUGAGGCUCCCUCUUGCCUCCAGGAUUGGUAUUUAGAGUCCUUCCUGACCAGAUCCCCUCCCACUUUUCUAGUCAUACCUAUCUACCAUGUUCUCUUCAAUCCAGUAACACUGGCCUCUGGGCUGUUCCAAGAAUAGAACACUUUCAGCUUGGGGAAUUUUCUGGGUUUCCCAGGACUGGAACAGUUCCCUUCUUGGACUCCUGAUCUACAAGAUACCUUUAAGUCCCAACCCAAAUCCCACCUUCUACAGGGGACCUCCAAAUCCUCUCUUCUUCAUCUCAGUACCUUCUCUCUGUUAUUUCCCAUUUAUUAUGCUUUGUAGCUAUCUGUUUGGCCAACUUCUGUAUCCCCAGCACUUAGCACUAUGCCUGGCCCAUCAUUUGGACUGGCCACAUAUUCUGAUCUUGAUUUGAGAGUUUAGAAAUCCAGGAGAUCACCACUGUUUGGGGGACCUAGCAGAGUGCCAAGUCUGACCUAGAUCAAAACUUGAUUCAAAAUCUUUUUAAGACUGCUUUUGCCUCACUUAUCUGUUACUGUGGCUCAAUUAAUUGUGCACGAUUCUCCCGACUCUGCACGACCCUGUGAACCAUACUGUCCAUGGGGUUUUCUGGACAAACUGGAGUAGUUUGCCAUUUUCUUUCUCCAUUGGAUUGAAGCAAAUGUUGGUUAAAUGACUUGUCCAAGAUCACAAAGCUACUGCCAGAGGCCACUUUUGAACACAGGUGUUUCCUGACUCCAAGGGUAGCCAAAUAGUGCAGGGUAUAGGGCUCUGAGCUUCGAAUCCAGAAGACCAGAGUUCAAAUUCAGACUCAGCACUUUCUAUCUGCAUGGCACUGGACAGGUCACCUCCCUCUGCUCCUCUCCGUUUCCUCCUCAGUGAGAUAAGCCGGAGAAGGAGAUGGCAAACACUCCAGGAUCUCUGCCAAGAAAGCCCCAAAUGGGGUCACGGAGAGUUAGACAAAACUGAAAAGUUUUGCUUUCCUGACUCUGGCCGGGAGCUGCUUCCCUGGCACUGAUAAAAAGCCUCUCAAUAGCCCUGCAAGGUGAGGUCACUCCAAUCAUGGCCAUUUUACAGAUGGGAAAACAGCCCCACCAGCAGCCUCAGGCCGACGAGCAAGCACAUGGCCCGCGGGCCCCUUUCCUCUUCUUCCUUCCCCCCACUUCCGGGACCCCAGCCGCAGCUAGCCGAGCGGCUGGAACCAGGGGCUGGAGGAGGGGUGGGAGCGUUGAUCACGUGGAGCCCAGACGUCGACGCAUUCCUCGCCUUGGCUUCCGCCCUCGGGCGCUUCCCGGUGGUGCGCCUGCGUGCUCCCCGGGCCUGGGGCUCGAGCUGGCAGGAGGCCGAGUCCGGGCGGAAUCGUGGCUCCGGGCCCCGCCAGCUACUCUGGCCCCACCUCUUCCGGCGCGGCGCGCAAGCGCACACCCAGCUUCCGGUUCCGGCACCGGCGGCUGCAGCGGAGACGCGGCUUGGCCGCCACCAUGUGGCAUGAGGCCCGGAAACACGAACGGAAGCUUCGAGGCAUGAUGGUGGAUUACAAGAAGCGUGCCGAGCGUCGACGAGAGUACUACGAAAAGAUUAAGAAGGACCCUGCCCAGUUCCUGCAGGUGCAUGGCCGGGCCUGUAAGGUGCAUCUAGAUUCAGCAGUGGCCCUGGCUGCUGAGAGCCCCGUCAACAUGAUGCCGUGGCAGGGAGACACCAACACCAUGAUCGAUCGCUUCGAUGUCCGCGCGCACUUGGAUUACAUCCCGGAGUACACCCCACCGCUGCUGACCACCAUCUCUCCAGAGCAGGAGUCCGAUGAGCGGAAGUGCAACUACGAGCGAUACCGAGGCCUGGUGCAGAACGACUUUGCUGGCAUCUCAGAGGAGCAGUGUCUGUACCAGAUCUACAUUGACGAGCUCUAUGGGGGCCUGCAGAAACCCAAUGAGGAGGAGAAGAAGAAGCUGGCGGAGAAGAAGGCGUCCAUUGGCUACACUUACGAGGACAGCACUGUGGCUGAGGUGGAGAAGGCCCUGGAGAAGCCCGAGGACGAGGAGUCCCCCGGGGAGGAGGAGAGCAACUCCGAUGAAGAUGAGGUCAUCCCUGACAUCGAUGUGGAAGUGGAUGUGGACGAGCUAAACCAAGAACAGGUGGCCGACCUGAACAAGCAGGCCACGACGUACGGCAUGGCGGACGGGGACUUUGUGAGGAUGCUGCGAAAGGACAAAGAGGAGGCUGAGGCCAUUAAACAUGCCAAGGCCCUGGAGGAGGAGAAAGCCAUGUAUUCGGGCCGCCGAUCCCGGCGACAAAGGAGGGAAUUCCGGGAAAAGAGGCUGAAGGGCCGGAAGAUCAGCCCCCCAAGCUAUGCCCGCAGAGACAGCCCCACCUAUGACCCGUACAAGCGGUCACCCUCUGAGUCCAGUUCCGAAUCGCGGUCGCGCUCCCGGUCACCGACACCAGGCCGUGAGGAAAAGAUCACCUUUAUCACGAGCUUCGGGGGCAGUGAUGAGGAGGCGGCGGCGGCGGCAGCUGCUGCGGGCGCAGGGGCAGCUCCGGGGAAGCCUCGGGCCGGCCAGCCCCCGACGGCCCCGCAGCCGGGCAGUGGCCCCGCGCCAGGUCGGAACGCCGGCUCCCGUCGCCGCUCCAGCUCCUCUUCCUCCAGCACCUCCAGCACCCCUACGUCUAGCUCCCGGUCGAGUUCCCGCUCUCGCCGGGGGGGCCACUAUCGGCCGGGCCGACACAUGCGCUCCCGCUCCCGAUCGCGCUCCCGGCGCUACUCGCGCUCCCGGAGUCGGGGCCGGCGUCACUCUGGAGGCGGCUCCAGAGACGGACGCCGCUACUCACGCUCACCCACCCGACGUGGCUACGGGGCCCGGCGACGAUCCAGGAGCCGCUCUCGGUCAGGGGAGCGGUACCGCCGAGGGGGCCGGGCCCCACGGCACCGGAGCAGCAGCCGCAGUAGCUGGUCGCCCAGCUUGUCCCGCAGCCGAAGUCGAAGCCACAGCCGUAGCCGCACCCACUCCCCAUCUCCCCUGAGGGAGAAGCUGACGAGGCCGGCGGCAUCCCCGGCCGUGGGGGAGAAGUUGAAAAAGGCCGACACAGCUUCGGGUAAAGAGACAGGAGCUGCCAAACCCAAACUGACCCCCCAAGAGAAGUUAAAACUGAGGAUGCAGAAGGCCCUCAACAGACAGUUCAAGGCGGAUAAGAAGGCAGCUCAGGAGAAGAUGAUUCAGCAGGAGCAUGAGCGGCAGGAGCGCGAGGAUGAACUCCGUGCCAUGGCCCGCAAGAUCCGAAUGAAGGAGCGGGAACGGAGAGAGAAGGAGAGAGAAGAAUGGGAGCGUCAGUACAGCCGACAGAGCCGAUCCCCGUCCCCCCGAUACAGUCGUGAAUACAGCUCUUCCAGGAGGCGCUCACGGUCCCGGUCUCGAAGCCCUCAUUACCGCCACUAGUUGGGGAUGGGGGGUUGGGGGAGGGGCUGGAGCCCCUGUUGGGGUCGGUGCUGCUGGUUUUACCACUUGUUUGUGGAAUAAAUUAGAAGGGUAUUUACUUCC